AAACAAUUAAUUUAGUAUUCUUGGGUGUGCUGUCUCGCGAUAUCGGUUUUGUAGGGUGAGGGGAGUUUAUAGCCCAAUGGCAUUACGAUGAAUUGAUUCAAACUAUAGACUUUAGAUUGCUUUACGCAGCGCAGAGCCCGGAUAUAUGUUUACAAUGUCAAUGAUCUCAUCGUCGAUGCUCCCGGCGUCGCUGAUCUUGGCAUCAAGUCUGUGCCUCCUGCCCAUUCAUCCGGCGAACGCGGCCAACUGCAAAGUUCGUGAGGGCACGUCGUGUGUUUGCGACAUGGAUGAUGGCAGUGGAUUUAUCAGCCUCAUGGAAAUCAGUAACAACAACGGACCUAGUUCUAAACCCUUCUUCACAAACGUAAAGAGCGGGAGGUACGAGUAUUCCUUCAAUCCGUGCACUGCCUUCACGGAAACCAAGUGCUCUAACAACGUAGCAGUAUGCCAGCAACGCAGUUCUGUCUGUGGUCGCCAGCAAACGCAGUUCGAUAUGACGCAGAAUCCGCCGACCAUUACGUAUGGGAACGGCGCAUGUGUUCAAAAGCCAGCGCCUGCACCAGACACAACCCAGCCGCCACAGCCUCAGCCUACCAGUCGCGAACCAGCUCCUCCGUCGGCCGGCCCGACCUCGCCGCAUCGACACCCGGAGCACAACUCGAUAAGUCUGGGAACCAUCAUGGAUGUGUGCUUGCUACUGUUGAUAGUCACAUACCUGGUUGCUGGAACGGCCUUCAUGUACCUUCACCGUGGUGCACGGGGCAAGAAGGCCCUGCCUAAUCUCGCAUUCUGGCUCAUGGUCCCCGAACUGAUAAAGGAAGGAGCUCUGUUCGUUGUUGUGAAGGUAAAAUCACUUCGUGGACUUCAACGCACUGGCUACAGCGAGUUAUAACACCUUUCCGACUCACCACCCGACACUAUAGCAUAUUUCCAUAAUUAUUAUACGUACUGUGGCUACAGCGAGCGCUAACACCUUUUCCAAGCCGAACUCUGUGUUCUCAUAGGCAUUCUUCAUCAUUUCUAGCAACUGGCCCCUGGCCGGUGAGAAGUUAUCUUUGCCUGUAAAUCUGAUGAAGUACUGUAAAACCGGAAGUCUAACAACCAAAAAGUUUAACGUUUUUGUAAUUUUGGCAUGAUUACGUGCAGAAAGUUUAACGUUGGCUAGCUGGCCACCCAUCUGUAUGCGCAUCUUUACACAGACCUCUCGCGAUAACGUUUUUUUUUUCAAAUAACGAAAAAGAAUUGGUCGUUGAAACGUUAGACUUUGUGUCUCGUUAGACUUUCGGGUUUUACAGUAAAAUAAAAAAACAACAGCAUGGAGAGAUUUGGAGAGAUUUUAAUUUUUUUUUGUAGCCAAGGACUUUGUGCGGGGGUG